UGGCUGGCGGUAGCCAUGUUUGCAUUUCCAGCUGUCCAGAUGCGGGCUAGCUAACCGGUUAGCCGAGUGAGGUAUUUUUUGCCUUUUUAUUCGGGAUAAUAAGUCUACCCUCGUUAACACCGGCGUGUCUGGGAGUCGCAAUGCCCGUUCACUCCCGGGAGAAGAAAGAAAGUAACCACGACGAAAUGGAGGUGGAUUUUCCCGAGCAAGACGGCAGCAGCACAGACGAGGAGGACACGGUUAGCUCCUCCGUGUCUGAAGAUGGAGACAGCUCGGAGAUGGAUGAUGAGGACUGUGAGAGGAGGAGGAUGGAGUGCCUGGAUGAGAUGACCACCCUGGAGAAACAGUUCACUGACUUGAAGGAGCAGUUGUACAAGGAGCGUCUGAGCCAGGUGGACAUCAAGCUGCAGGAGGUAAUGGCUGGCUGUGCCCAGGAGUACCUGGAACCUUUGGCCAACCUGCAGGAGAACAUGCAGAUCAGGACUAAAGUUGCUGGGAUCUACAGGGAGCUGUGCUUGGAGUCCGUGAAGAACAAGUACGAGUGUGAGAUCCAGGCUGCCUGCCAACACUGGGAGAGUGAGAAGUUGCUGCUGUUUGACACUGUGCAGAGUGAACUGGAGGAGAAGAUAAGAAGACUGGAGGAAGACAGACACAGUAUUGACAUUACCUCAGAGUUGUGGAAUGAUGGAUUGCAGUCACGGAAAAACAAGAAAAAAGACCCAUUCUGCCCUGUCAAGAAGAAGAAGCCUGUUGUUGUUUCUGGGCCUUAUAUCGUUUACAUGCUGCAAGAUCUUGACAUUCUCGAAGACUGGACCGCAAUAAGAAAGGCGAUGGCAUCACUGGGGCCUCACAGGGUGAAGGUGGACGUCCCUGCAGUCAAGCCUGACAGACACCACCAUGUGGUGCGCUUCGAGGACGGCCGACUGUUCUAUGACAACCAGUGGUACUGCAGGGGACAGGCCAUCUGUAUCAACAGGAAGGACGAGUACCCAACUAGUGCCAUCAUCACCACCAUGAACGGCGACGAGGUGUUUUUCAAACGACUGGACGGCACCAAGUCAAAGCUGUACAUCUCCCAGCUGCAGAAAGGCAAAUACACUAUCAAGCACUCAUAAAAAACAAAAAAACACACAUUUUUAACACACACAUACAGACGGACAGAUCACCAUCUCCGUGUUUCUUUUGUCUCCUUUCCGUGUGGUAUCUUUCUGCUUUCUUGCCAUAUGUACAGUCACACACACACCUCACUUCCUCCCCUCUGUGUAUAAAUAACAGAAAACAAACAUCAACUGAGUAUCUAGUUUAAGAGACGAUCCUCCCUGUAAAUAUGUAUGUAUGUGGAUAUUAUUGACAAGGUCACUAAGUGUCAUUUUCUCUGGAAUGGAGAUCAAUGCAAAGUGCUGCUAGAAAGAAGAAAAACAUGGGCGAGGAUUCGGAGCAGUAGCGAACUUUGAACCACGGAGCUCAGUCACGUGCCUUUCUAAGACAAGACGAUGCCCGUCCUGAACUAUCGAUACCAAUGCAGUGAAGCCUUACUCUGUACUGUGUUAGCGCCAAGAGGACUGAAGCGGGCCAAUGGCCGAGUGAGUGAGGAACCCUGAUCCAGGUGAGGAUGCCGUCAGCAGUGUGUGUUGAGUUUCCUCUCCGAAACCACCCGUUAGACUUGAAUUUCAUGCUCCAUAGCGCCUAAUAAAUCUGUAUUGGGAUCCCCUGGGACCCCAGUUUGAGCAGCUGUUUCAUGUAGUUU